UCUACUGACUGUGUUUCUCUUCGUUCUGAGUUGUAUGUUAGAAAUGUCGCAAUAAUUUACUUGUGCUCAUCGCGGACCAAUACGGGGCACGCGCACCUGUUCACAAUUCACUGAAUCGCAGUUCGCGGUUCAAUCUCGCGCUCCCUUCUGUAAAGAUGUAAGAGAAGUUCCAAUGCAUAACGGACCAAUGUCAACUUAGCAUGGAAAGUCGUUCUGAGGCUAAGGGAGCUGAAGAAAUAUAUGUAAAGCUUUCCAAACGCAUUCCACUAAACAAGAAUGUUUACUAUUUUAUAAAUGAAUAUGAAUCCCCAACUGGAAAUACAUCUGAUAUGUUUGACUUGACCAGAGAAAACGGAGAGAUCGUAGCUGAUUUUUGAAUCGGAAAUUAUCACAGGUAGGCCGAAGUGUCACUAUUGUGACGCUGCUUGCCGUUGCUUUAGAACAGCCAGAGAGAUGGAUGAGUGCGCAUAGCGACCUUCACGAUGCAGAAUGAUGCGGCUGUGAGUUCAAGAUCGCGCCAUUACGCUGAUUUAACCGCUCAAGAUGGCAAAAUCUCUCACAUUCUGUCCUUCGUAUCCGGUGCCCAAAGAUAUGCCUUCCCCGCGCUGUUCGCUUUCUCUGAGAAAGACAUCGAGAGCAUCUGGUCAAACGUGUCAAAUUUCAUCGAACGUCAGAUGUUGUGCCAGAAGGGGGUUCACAUUGCAGGGCUGGGGACCUUCACAUUCUCUGUCCAGAAAAUUGAUAUCGGCAGAAAGCACAAACUUAUCAAGAGACCCAUCUUUAUCCUGGCGGAGAAGCUCAGACACUCUAGUGACCUGAAACAGAUAAAAGCUUCACCAACAGGUGAGGUGCCGGUGGUGCCGCUGAACUUCAGCACCCUGUCGGUGGACAGCCCGUUCGAGCGCGACGUGGUGGAGCGGAUUGUGCGAGAGAGCCUCAUGCUAAUAGCGCGUGUGGUCGCCUCGCAGCCUGCCCUCCUCCUCAGCUUUCACAGCAUCGGCCUGCUGUCUUUCCGCCAGGGCUGGGUCCGCAUGAAGUUCUACAAAGAUUUCCUCGUGGCACUGGACAGCACGUGGAGUCUGGUCUGGGACCAGUCUGGGAACAGUAGGGAAGGGGUAAGCAGCUUUGUGGUGUCAGACAGAACCCGUAGUAAGUCCAGUCCAGGCAGUGAGCAUGAGCUGAUCACACUCCAACCCAGCCACUCCUCACUGGACGCGAGGGAGCAACAUUCCUCCUUUAGUAACAAGGAAGAGAAAGAGGAUAAAGAAGGGAAGAAAGCUGAUAACACCACCUGCCAGCUGAAUAGAAGAGAGACCUUAAAGCCGGCCACAGUGAAUGGGCUAUGUCUGACUGAAGACCUGGAGGUCCCACCUCAUGUGCUGAAUAGAUUACAGGAGGAUGGAGACAGUGAGGUUAAGGAGGUCAAGGAAGCCAAUUCCUGUGAGGACAGUCAUAUGGGGCAGGAGCUAUGCUACCUGUGUAAGGAGCGUGCUCAGAAGAACGUGUCAGCUGAGCACUUGUCUGAGGAGAGGAGGAGGGAAGAGAAAGAGGAAGAGAGGCUCGUCAUGGUCAACCAGCUGCAGCUAGAACAGGAGCUCCUUCACAGGGAUCAGGCUUUUCAGGAGACGACUAGGAGGUGGAACGAGCGAGAAGCAGCAUGUGACCCUGAGAUGGCCGAGGGAAAGGAGAGAGAAACUCAACGGCAUAGCAAGUGUUGUGGGUCCUACAUCUUCAGGACGCGUCCUGUGACCCCUACCCAGCUGCCCAGACAGCGCCAGUACCAGCAGGACUUACUGGAGCAAGCUCAGGACCACCAGCGGCACCAGGCACUGGACUGGCAGACCGAGAACCUCAUGGACAGAAUGGGUCAGAUGGAGCUGGCUGACGAGAUUGUAGAGGAGAGCCAGCAGCAGUUGCAGAAGAAGGCCAGUGCUGUCAGGAACUAUAAGAGGGCUCUGGACAGACAGUGUGACGGAAGCUGCAGAGGGCUGCAGAGCACAACAUGGUCACAAGUGGAGGGAAGUCUGUCCCGGCAGUCAUGCUCGGAGGGCCUGGCCUUUGGCCAGUAUGAUGACCUGCCCACUGCGGUGAUGGAGCAGAGACAGAGGGCCCGUGAGCUGCACCAACAUCAGAUCAACACUGCCACCCUCAGGCGCAGGGACAUGCAGUUCAGCCGCAUCCUGGAGCAGAAGAGGGAGAUCGACAUGCUAAACAGGACGCGACAGGAGAUGAGAGUGGAUCAUAUGACCCGUCAUAAUAAACUGUGUGGGAUGAGGGUGGCGCUGGAGGACCUCUGGGCUCACAGUGUCAAAGCCAAGCGACUGAGAGACCAGGAUGAGAGGACAUUCAGGAAGGCAGGCAGUCAUCUGUUGAUAGACCAGUUUAAACAGCCCCACCACUAUCACCAAUGCAGACGACGGCGGAGUUUCUGUGGAGGGACAAACCUAUGGAAGGAAUCCCGCUACAUUACCGGCUCCCGGCUGAUGGUGUAGUUCGGGGCAGUUUUUUUUCAACUUCCUGAACUUCUUGAGUUUCAUCAUUUCAAAUCUUAUCUCUUCAGUAAAGACAGUGGGCUGUUGCAAAAGCAUACAUGUAUUUAUUUUAUUUAGUGUAUUCCCUUCAAAAUGUUUACUGCCUUCAAAAAAACAAACAAACAAACAAAAAAAAAAACUCCCCAGAAUACAAUUCCUUUAUAAUGCAUCGCUUAUAAAGCAGGUUCAUUAAAGCCAGCACAGAAACACAGAGCUUUAUGUUUGGCUUCUAA